UUCUCCCUGUUCCAGAAUUGUCUAGGAUGAUCCCCUUCCAAGAGAGAAAUGGAAGCCUUGGCAACAUGGAAUGCUUGGACAAGUGUCUGCGGGCCAAAAAAGACCUGGAAGUUGCAUUUGCUGAAAUUGUCAAAGCCGAACAGCAAGUCAAAGAUAACUGGAAAGAGGUAAAAGCUCAGGUUCACAGCUGCAUCAGUCGCCACCUGGAAUGCCUACGAAGCCGCGAAGUUUGGCUGUUGGAACAGGUUGACCUCAUUCAACAGCUGAAGGAAGAGGCUUUGCAGCAACAAGCGCAGCAGCUCUGUUGGUUGUUGGGACAAUUCAGCAGCCUCAUCCGCCAGCUGGAACAGCCUCAAAGCGGUGAUCUCACAAAUCAGAUUUCGGCGUGUUUUGAGAGUCUUGGCAGUUUGACUCUCCAGCCAGAAGAAACUUCCGUCCUGAACUUUGAGGCUGACGUAGCAUUUCUUCGCCAGGCAAUCACUUCGUUCGGCUCCAUUAGAACAAUGCAAACUUCCGAUAAAGACGAUUCUGCCCCUUGGAUCUCUGUGCAGAACUGUCCUGUGACAGCUAGUUUCGAAAAGUCAAAGCCUUUCCGUGGAACGCUGGGUUGCCCUCUCUCUGACUGGCUUCUUGGAACCAAAUCCGAUGGUGCAUGCUGUAUCCCUUAUGCUCCUAGCUACAAGCAGGAGGACUGGCUCUUGAAAACACCUACUGAGGAGGCCAAUCAGGAUUCCAAGCCUUUGGAAGUGUGUUACUUGGAGAAAGCAUGGGGAGACCUGAGAAAUCUGGAGAACUGGCUUUUGCAGAACCAACCGCGAGACUUUUCUGAGAGAACGGAGCUCCGCCGACGGAAGAGCUCGACUUCUACCAUUGCUUCCACCUUGUCCAUUGAGAAGAUUAAUGAGUUGGAGCUCUUUGAGCAAGAUGACACUGAUCUUUCUGAAUGGCUCCUCGUGCCUUCUGAACCCCAAAACGAGAAUGCCUCCGAUGAGAAGUGGAAAUGGGUUUUUAAGUCUUUCCGGGAGGAAUAUAACCCGAACGAUUGGCUCCCUAAAAAUGAUUCUUGCAAUCAUUGUUGCGGCGGUCAAGCCACCGGGGUAGAGAUAGAAAAUCUCGGCAAUCUGAAAUGCCUUAAUGAGCACCUGGAUGCGAGGAAGCCGCCGAACACCGACAGCUGGCUUCUGCAGCAGCCCGCUUUCAGAGUCGAGGACCUAUGCAGAGCCAAUGAGCCGUGUUCCAGCUUUUCCGAGUGCGCGUGUGACGAGAACUGUGAAAAGGAAGCCUUGUGCAAAUGGCUUCUCAGGAAAGAAGGCAAGGAUAAAAACGGGAUGCCACUAGCGGAGGUCUCCGAACUCGAGGCACGUCUGCCUGUGCUGAACAUCUGGCUCCAUCCUUCUCGACAAGCAGAGGGGGAUUCAGCCAGUUCUGCCAUAAAACAGGACACUGUCCGGGAGGUGGCAGAACCUCUGAGAGAAUUGCAGGAGACCUCAUUAUCCUCUUGGCUAGCUAAGCAAGAGGUCAAAGAGAAGACCGGCGAAGAGAAGGCGAUCCGAGAGGAAGCUGGAGUGAGCCAUAAAGGUUCCCUCCUGGAACUACUUGCGCCCUUCCACCUCCCUUUCAACAUAAACAGCUGGAUCUUGUCCUCAAAAAAUGCAGAUUUCUCCAGCCAGCCUCUCGUGGAAGAUAAAUGGCUGCUCCGUAAGAAAGCACACGACAGCGACCUUCCUGCUGUUUGCGACCUCUUUGCCUGUAUGAAGUUGAGUGGAGAGAGAGAGAAAUGGCUCUAUCAGACACCUUUGCAGAUGUGAAAAAAGUAAAAAACAACCACCCUGCAGUGUGAUCCAAACGAUUGCUUUGAUUUCCUGCUGAUCAUCGCACAUAACCCUGGAAUGAGCGACUGCGGCCUGUCGCUUCUCCUGUGUUUUUUGACCAUCUGUCUUUUCCAGAUUUCAAAUGUCACUUUAAAAGCUGUAUGUAGCUGGUGUUGAGCUGCAGAAAAUGGACCUUUGAGUCCUCAAACAGAAGUGUCCUUGUUGGGUUCUCUUGAUCCGGGACGCAUUGCAACUCGUCUCACAAAAGCCGUUAAAUCUAAGUAUUUUGCCAGUAUUUUGAAACAAAUUCUGACAGGAUGACCCUUAGCUGGGGUGGGAGAGGCAGAAUUUUGUUCAGAGAACACACCAUUGGCCCUUCUUUCCACUCCUAAUUCUAAAUAUAUUUACAGAACAUGUUCACGAGGUACAGCUCUUACGAAGUCAUUAAAACACUUCUGAAUUCUGUGUUCUGUAUAAUUUAUACGUACUCUUCUCCGCUGAAAGACAACAGCAUGCCCUACAGAUUGGCAUGGGCACCUGGCAAAUUUGGCAAUAUCCUGAUUAACGUGACUGGGAUGGGAAGGAGAGCAGGCAAAAUUGAGCACAGAGUGGAUGAAAUGUGUGUGGUUUUAAAGCCCAGUACUAAGUACAAGCUGAAUCCAUCGUAUCGCAGAACAAAAAUUAAUGUUUAUUUCUCUCACGCUAUGAAUUAUAGUCCCAAUAGAUUGACAGUAGCCUUAGAAACUUUAUGAAAUUUGAAUACCACUACCUGCUUCCACAAUUUGUGGGGGCAACUUUGAUAAGUUGUGAUGCUAAAAUUUUAAUUUUUUUAAAAAAAUGAAAAAUUCAUUUUUUGAAGUGCUCUUGGCUUACAGGUACUUUUAAUUGCUAGACAUUUUACAAGCAUAAUAGGCCUUCCAGCUGUCAUAAGAAUUGACUACUGCAUUCUCAAAAAUCUGUUAAAAUCCACUCAUUUGACUCAUUUGCCUUUCAGUGCUUAACAACGUAUCUGGUCAGGUUUCUGAGGGGUCUGUGGAAGGCCUGACUGAUAUGUAAUGCAAUCAAACCCCCGCUGUCUUUUACAUUAAUCCAAUGUGUGUGAUGCUAAUGAAGUAUGCCAUUAAACCAUUGUGAAUAAAAA